CGUCUGUCCGUCCGCAGCGCCAUGGCCCCGGUGCUGCCGCGCCGCCUGGGCAAGCGCUCCCUGCUGGGCGCCCGCGUGGGCCCCGCGCCCGCCCGGAUCCUUCCGGAACCUUCCGCGCUCCCUGAUCCCGGAUCGCCCCCGGGGCGGCCGCAGGUGCUCCCGACUCCCCUGGACGAGCGGCUCCCGGCAUUCCCGGCUCCGUCCCUGCCCGGCUCCGGCGUUCCCGAGAGAUCCGUGUCCUGCAGCAUCGACGUUCCCAAAAGGAGCAGCGGGAGGAGCCGGGAGGCGGCGCUGGAGAUGGACGAGAUGGUGGCGGCGCUGGUGCUGACCAGCCUGUCCUGCAGCCCCGCCCUGCGCCCACCCCCCUUGCAGGGCGCCGGUGACCCCUGGAAGGACAGCGGGGACAUCUCGGACAGUGGCAGCAGCACCACCAGCGGCCACUGGAGCAGCGCUGGCAGUGCCACCGCGUCCCCUCCUCAUUGUCCCGGCAGUGCCACCGCGUCCCCUCCCCACUGUCCUGGCAGUGCCACUGCGUCCCCUCCUCAUUGUCCCACCCCAUCCCCUCCUCACGGUGCUGGCAGUGCCACCCCGUCCCCUCCUCAUUGUCCCAGCAGUGUCACCAUGUCCCCUCAUCACCAUCCUGGCAGUGCCACCCCGUCCCCUCCUCAUUGUCCCAGCAGGGUCACCAUGUCCCCUCCUCACUGUCCCAGCAGUGUCACCAUGUCCCCUCCUCACUACCCUGGCAGUGCCACCGUGUCCCUUCCUUACUACCCUGGCAGUGCCACCAUGUCCCCUCCUCAUUGUCCUCUCAGUGCCACCAUGUCCCCUCAUCACACUGGCAGUGCCACCGUGUCCCCUCCCCGCUGUCCUGGCAGUGCCACCGUGUCCCCUCCCCGCUGUCCCUGCGCUGCCACCACCGCGUCCCCUCUGAGCGACGACGGCUUCGACACCGACCCCGAGCCCUGGGUGCCGGAGGAGCCGGCGCCGCGCCGCAGGAAGAACUCGGCCAGGCUGGCGUUCAAGUGCCUCUGGCCCGGCUGUGGCAAAGUGCUGCGCUCCGGCGUCGGCAUCAAGCGCCACGUCCGCACCCGGCACCUGGGGUAAGGACCCACGGAAUUCCCGGGAUUCCCAGAAUUCCUGGAAUUCCCCAGCCCAAAAUCCGUGGGGUUGGUGCCUCUGGAAUUCCCAAAUUCCUGCAGGAAA